AUGGCAAAGAUGUCAGAUCCUCUUGUGGUUGGGAGAGUCAUUGGAGAUGUUGUUGAUUCCUUCUCCCAAAGUGUAAAAAUGACAGUCACUUACAACUCCAACAAGAAGGUUUAUAAUGGUCAUGAGCUAUUUCCUUCCUCACUAACCCUCAAGCCUAAGGUUGAGGUUCAUGGAGGCGAUUUGAGGUCAUUCUUUACACUGGUUUUGACCGAUCCAGAUGUUCCCGGUCCUAGUGACCCCUACCUAAGGGAGCAUUUACACUGGUAA